CAAAUCCAUUCAAGCAAUGGGGAAUUGCCUGGUUCGGCAAGAAAAGAUGAUUAAAGUGAUGAAAACCGACGGAGGAGUUCUGCAGUAUAAGGCUCCCAUCAAAGUGAAGGACGUUUUGUCAGAAUUUUCAGGGCAUUCACUCUCCGAUUCGCUUCCAGAAAUCAGGAAACUCAGGCCGGAGGCGAAACUUCUUGGUGGAAAUUUGUACUUUCUUGUACCGAAAGUCGAGAAAAAGAAGGUGAGGUUUUCGGAUCAGAAGGCCGCCGGAGAUGGACAAGAAACUUCCGGUAAAUUGCGAAUAAAGCUGGUUAUCAGUAAACAAGAGCUGCAGGAGCUGCUGCAAAAGGAGGGAGUUUCAAUUCAGGAGAUGAUUUCUCAGAGUAAAAAUGAAGUUCAAUACAGCAAAGUGUGGAAGCCUGAGCUUGAAAGCAUACCUGAAGUAGACUAGUAAUUAGAAAAAUCAUAUUAUACAUAUAAAAACAAAAUAGUUAGCCAUAAACAUAGUUUUGUCGAUCAGCUUGUAACAAGAUCUUUUUAUUUUUCUGACUGUAAAAAUCUGCAACCAAAAAAUAUGAAGAACUGUUGGGCUGUUGGAUGUC